AUGCCACUUCCACGGUGGGCAUCGUGGACAUCCACGGCACUCGGGGAGCAGGAGCCUGUCCACUCAAGUGCGGCACCCGUGUCCGAGCCCGCAGGCGGCAGCGGCGGGAUGUGGUCAUACUUUCAGCAGGGUCUCUCCUCGUACGUCCCGCUGCGUAGUGCGGAGCGGACGAACGAGGAGGAGGCGUAUCUGAGUCUGAGCCACUGGGACCGCUUUCUUGGCUUCAUCGCGUGUCUGCUGGGGAGUGGUCUGUGCUUUCUCUUUUCGUUCUUGUUCGCGCAGCCCCCGAUCCUGCUCAUUCGGCCGCACAAAUUUGCGCUCGCUUUUACGCUCGGGAGUGUCCUGUUUAUGAUGGGUUUUGCUAUCCUCACUGGCCCCGCCGCGCACAUGAAGCAUCUCAUGAGCCCCGAGCGACGACCCUUUUCUGCAGCGUACCUCGGCAGCAUGGCCCUGACCCUGUACUUUUCGCUCGGCGCACGAAAUCGGCUUCUCACCGUGGUGUGCGCCCUUGUCCAGAUAGCGUGCCUGCUGACGUAUCUCGCGCACUACUUCCCGGGCGGUGUCACGACGCUGCGAUACGCCGGCACUUUUUUGGCGCGUGGCAGCACAAGCUUACUCCCUAUAUAG